GCCGCGCUAAUACAGCCUAAGCUGAUAUUAGCCGAGCUUAACUUCUUUCAGCAGUUUGCAGAUGGGAAGGGGGUGGGACGUCCUGGAGUCAGCAGUUCUGCAGCAAGUACAUGCACGGCAGCUCCGGUGGCCUGAGACCAGCCAUGAGCUGAUGUGUACGAGGGCAGAGGAGGGUUUCUCUGCGGCGGAGUUUGCCAUUUCGCUCGUGGAGAAGAUGCAGGCUCAGGAAAUCCUGCGGAGCCUGCGGCUCCCCGAGUUCGAUGACCUCAGCCAGUUUUUCCGCAACCUGCCGGCCACGGCACUGGUGGGCAUCGGUGCCUUCGCCGCUGUCGUCGCUUACUGGUUCGCCAGCCGGCCUCGUGCCGUGAAGCCGCCCUGUGACCUGCGGAUGCAGUCGGAGGAGGUGGAGGGCCAGGCUGGGGCACGCCGGUCUGUGAUUGGGGACAACCCACAGCUGCUGACACACUACUACGAUGACGCCAGGACCAUGUAUGAGGUCUUCAGAAGGGGAUUCAGCAUCUCUGAAAACGGUCCCUGCCUGGGCUUCAGGAAGCCCAAGCAGCCCUACCAGUGGUUGUCCUACAAGGAGGUGGCUGAAAGAGCAGAAGCUCUGGGUUCAGGGCUGCUUCAGCAGGGCUGCAAGCCGUCCACAAAGCAGUUCAUUGGAGUCUUUGCUCAAAACCGUCCGGAGUGGAUAAUUUCUGAGCUAGCUUGCUACACCUACUCCAUGGUUGUGGUUCCCCUCUACGACACCUUAGGUCCCGGAGCCAUUCGUUACAUCGUCAACACAGCUGACAUUUCCACAGUCAUUUGUGACAAACCUGAAAAGGCCAGAAUACUCCUCGACCACGUGGAGAGGAGAGAGACGCCAGGUCUAAGCUCCAUCAUCUUGAUGGAUCCCUUUGAGAAGGAGCUGAUGGAGAGAGGGAGAUGCUGUGGGGUUCGCAUCCAGACCAUGCAGGAGGUGGAGGACUGUGGCCGUGAGAGUCGACAUGUGCCUGUGCCUCCUCGACCAGAAGAUCUAUCAAUUGUCUGUUUUACUAGUGGCACUACAGGAAACCCCAAAGGUGCUAUGCUGACUCAUGGGAACGUGGUUGCUGAUUUUUCAGGCUUUUUGAAAGUGACGGAGAAAGUGAUCUUUCCGAGACAGGACGAUGUGCUCAUCUCCUUCCUGCCUCUGGCUCACAUGUUUGAAAGAAUUAUACAGGUAAGAAACCUGCCCGAACUGACGAGGCCUCGUGGGGCUCCUUGUGUUUUCUUCCAGAGUCAGUGGUCUCCUACUUGUGAGGAUGUACACAUUUCCUAUUUGCCUUUAGCACACAUGUUUGAGAGAAUGGUACAGUCUGUCGUAUAUUGCCAUGGAGGGCGAAUUGGGUUCUUUCAAGGAGAUAUUCGUCUCUUAUCUGACGAUAUGAAAGCAUUGCGUCCAACUAUCUUCCCUGUUGUGCCGCGGCUGUUAAACAGGAUGUAUGAUAAGAUCUUCAGCCAGGCAGACACGUCCCUCAAGCGCUGGAUCCUGGAAUUUGCCGCGAAACGGAAGAAAGCAGAAGUUCGAAAUGGGAUCAUUAGAAAUGACAGCUUGUGGGAUAAGCUUUUCUUUAAUAAAAUACAGGCGAGUCUCGGUGGGUGUGUUCGCAUGAUAGUGACGGGUGCUGCCCCUGCGUCUCCGACCGUGCUGGGCUUCCUCCGCGCGGCCCUCGGCUGCCAGGUUUAUGAAGGUUACGGCCAAACGGAAUGCACAGCUGGAUGCACCUUUACAACCCCAGGUGACUGGACAUCAGGUCACGUAGGAGCCCCUUUGCCCUGUAAUUUAAUCAGGUUGAAGGAUGUGGAAGAGCUGAAUUAUUUUGCUUCCAAAGGAGAAGGAGAGAUCUGUGUAAAAGGACCAAAUGUUUUCAAAGGUUACUUGAAAGAUGAAGAGAAGACGCGGGAAGCGCUGGACCAGGAGGGCUGGCUCCACACUGGAGACAUCGGGAAAUGGCUACCUAACGGGACUCUUAAAAUUAUUGAUCGGAAAAAGCAUAUAUUUAAACUUGCUCAGGGAGAAUACAUUGCACCAGAGAAGAUAGAGAAUAUCUAUAUCCGCAGCGACCCUGUUGCCCAGAUCUAUGUCCAUGGAGACAGCUUGCAGGCCUUUCUGGUGGGAAUUGUGGUGCCCGAUUCUGAAGUUAUGCCAGGCUGGGCAAAGAAAAGAGGGUUUGAUGGAACAUAUGAAGAACUCUGUAAAAAUAAGGAACUGCAGCGAGCAAUAAUGGACGACAUGGUACGGUUGGGUAAGGAGAGCGGACUUCAUUCCUUUGAGCAGGUCAAAGCCAUUUAUAUUCACUCCGAUAUGUUCUCAGUACAAAACGGUUUGUUGACACCAACGCUAAAGGCUAAGAGACCAGAACUUAGAGAUUACUUCAAAAAACAAAUAGAAGAGCUAUAUUCAAGCAUCUCCAUCUGAAAUAAUGGGAAGAACCUUCUGAAUAAUGGACUUUGUAGCAAUAUUAGAAUUAUACUCAAAAGUACAGAGCCAGAAUGACACAGCUGAAAUGGAUAAGCAUCUGAAUCUUACAUCUGAGCCUUUCAUUGUUCUAGGAUUUCACCACUAACCACAAUUUUCCUUUUUUUUUUCAUCAGGUGUGAUAAAACUUAUUUUUUACUUUAUGUACUCAGUAAGGUACUAUUAAGAAUUAUGCUAAAUUGCCACAAAAUAUACAGAAAUUUCAAUCUUAUGACCCAGUAAAUUAUGGAAACUUACCUUAUUAAUAACUACAAACAUUUCUAAAUAAAAUAGGGAAAAUUUCAGGUAUGUCUGUUGGUAUUUGAUUGUAUAUAGCCUAAUACAUCAGAAACAAAAAUUGUGGAUAAAUCAAUAAUGUGGCCUACCUCAAACAAUCAGUGAUGGAUGGUGAAAGUCUGUUUUCCCUGAUCUGGAACUUCAAGCUGGAUAUUGGUUUAUAUAUUAAGUAAUAGUUUUUAUAUCUUCCAGGACAUAAAUUACAUUGAUUUGAUUUAAUCAUUAAUGACCUAAAUAACAACCAGAAUAUAAAUAGGAAUGAAUCUCCUACUAUUUGUACUUAAUAGACCCAUUAGUAUAUUACAUCUGACAGAUUAAUAUUACUUUGAAAUUACAAGAACAGGUUAGGAAGUGAUAGGAUAAAAUUCCCUCUGUUUCCUUUUCAUCUGCACUCAAUUUCUCCAUGGCACGCUGGGUUGACAUGAGGGCCUCCUGCAGCACGGGACACUCAUGGACAUCUCAGCUACGCCAAGUGAGAAGGUUCCAGAAGCACCGCUGGCUCUGGGGUGCCUUUCUGUGGGAGUUCACGGUAACCAAGAUGUUCCCAGUCCAUAAUUUAUUAUUUUACCUGCUGCUAAUACUGUGUAGGACUAACCUCCCUUUCAGAAACAGUGCUAAAGAAAUGGAGCACAAUGUAUAAGCUGUGAUUCUGGAUGGGGCUUAGCAAAACAAAUUGAUUUGGGGGAAAAUUCAGCCUGAGAUACGGUGUGGAAGAGGAAGGAAUGUUGCUCCAAAAAUCCCCCAUAGGGAUGGGUGAGAGGCUGUGUUGGCCAUUGCUGUGGUGCCACGGUGUGGUAAAGAACUGGAGGUGGUUGCAGAAAGGCUGCUAAGAAACAUCUCUACGUUCAGACGUCUGGCAGCCUCAGUUCCCACUGUUGUCGCUUCCAGUGGUCUAUCUGGAAUAGAGUCAGCUCUCUGGAUGAAACCUUGGAUUUCACAACCAGCUGCAGCCAUUAGCAACAGGGUAAAAUCCCGUGGGGAAGAGGAACAGACUCCAGAGCUCUCUCCUGAUAUAAAGCACGGUACGAAACAAUGAAAACUGUAACACCAAGUUGCUUGAAUACUUGGACUGUUGGUGGCUUCCUUCUGCUAAACAGGGUCUCAAAUAUGUACGUGUAUUUUAAUAGCUGCUGUUUGUUGCACUGGUGCAUACCAGCAUGGGGCUGUGCGUGCUAGACCUUCUUUGCUAGGCCGGUGAAAGCACACUUAUUUUCCCUUUUAAACUGGAAUCUACUGUAGACUUUUGAAGCUAAAAGUUUACGUUUUUAAUCUGAAUGAUCUCUCAUUUUCCCUCUGAAAUUCCAUUGCAUGCUUCAAAAUGCAAGAAAUUGAAUUAGUGAGUGUUACAUGAAGACUGAUUUAUUGCAGCAAUUUCAGAACAAAAUGAUACACAGGAAACUGUAUCAGCUCACAUAAUCACUCUUAUAAAGAACAUGGUGAUCUGAUUUAUCAAAUGUGGAAUGAUUUGUCUGAAUCCCUUUUUGCACCCGAUUCCUCAUUUGAUUCCAGUGCAAUGACUCAUGUCAGUCCAACGCAAAUAAGAAAUAUUGCUGCUGUGAUCCGAUGGCAUCGUACAUUCAUUUCUCACCAUCUACACAGCAACAAUAUCCCUGGGGAAUUUGUGUCUGCCACAUCUACAGAGGACAGGAGUUACUGUAUAAAAUCUGGCUCUUUAGGUCAAGUCAGAAAGGAUUUUCGUCUCUGCAGAGUCUAGUUCAUCUCCUUUUUGUAUCAGCCAAAACCCAGUCAUACUGUAGGCAUGCUUCAAAGCAAAGAAUUAUUCUCAGUAUAAUUUCCUGUUCUAAUGCUACAUACUUUUAAAAUAUAAAAAUAACUAGUCAUCUAAAUAAGUACAGAAAAGCUAUUUUCCACUAACCUUUUUCUAUCCCAUGAAUUUAAUUUAUUCUUCUGAUAAGAUUAUUUCAGUUUACCAGAUUUUCUAGAUAAUUAAACUUCGUAUAAGUAUGGAAGAUCCCAAUGUGAGUUUAUUUAUGGUUUAGACAGCUGUUAUUUUUAAGUAUAUAAUGUUGAAUACUGUAUCUCUAUUCUUUUUUGGUAUUUGAUGCAAAAUGUCAGAUGCACUAGAGCCAAAGAUAUGAACACCUAAAGAAUAAGAAAGAAAAAAUACAACCCUCACCACACUAGGAUGAUACAAAAUUUGGGAGAGAUUGUGUUAUAACACCAGAAGUGCGAAUACUUUUAGAACGUGUGAAAAGCUGUAUAAAUAAACUAAAAGCUCUCUCUAA